GUUUAGUUUUGAUAAAAAAGCUAAGAGUAUGUUACAAGACGGUAUUUCUUGUAAUUUUUAAUUUAAUUUAAUGCAAAAUAAAAUAUUGGAGACAGCUUUUGAGUUUUGGUACGACGAAACUUGAAUUAAAUCAUUCAUACAAGAAUGUUGCGGGGGAAAAUCUUACAUUUAUUGCAUUGCACAUUAUUCCUUUCGUUCAUAUUUUUCUUCCUCGUAUUCGCGGGUGCUAUAAACUUGGACGAUAAGGAAAAAGUAUCAAUUGAUCCUCUAGAAACCUAUGGACUACUAGGUGCAGUGAUAUUGUAUAUCUUUAGACUUCUCACAUUACUUACAAUACCUCAGGUAAUUUGUAAUUUUUCUGGCCUUAUAUUUUUUAAUGCCUUUCCUGGAAAAGUAAAAUUAAAAGGAUCACCAUUAUUAGCACCUUUUAUAUGCAUAAGAGUUGUAACAAGAGGAGAUUUUCCAAAAUUAGUUAGAAAUAAUGUCACUCGCAAUAUGAAUACAUGUUUGGACUUGGGUCUUGAAAAUUUUAUUAUUGAGGUUGUAACUGACAAAGCAAUAGAUUUGCCUAAACAUAGAAGGGUGAGAGAAGUUGUGGUACCUAGAGAGUACAAAACUAAGACUGGAGCAUUAUUCAAAUCCCGUGCAUUGCAGUACUGUUUAGAAGAUAAUGUGAAUAUUUUAAGUGAUACGGACUGGAUAGUCCAUUUAGAUGAAGAGACUUUACUGACUGAAAAUUCAGUAAGAGGCAUAUUAAACUUUGUCUUUGAUGGGCAACAUCCAUUUGGUCAAGGCCUGAUUACAUAUGCCAAUGAAGAAAUUGUUAAUUGGCUGACAACAUUGGCAGAUAGCUUCAGAGUGGCUGAUGAUAUGGGAAAACUCAGAUUUGUUUUUUCAGUGUUCCAUAAGCCGCUUUUCAGCUGGAAAGGGUCCUAUGUUGUCACAAAAGUGGGUGCAGAAAAAUCUGUUUCAUUUGAUAAUGGAUUGGAUGGUUCGGUGGCUGAAGACUGCUAUUUUGCAAUGAAAGCAUACAAAGAAGGUUAUACAUUUAAUUUUAUUGAUGGUGAAAUGUGGGAAAAGUCUCCCUUUACACUAUGGGACUUUAUGCAACAAAGAAAAAGAUGGAUACAAGGUAUUCUACUAGUUGUACACUCAAAAGAGAUCCCUUUUCUACAUAAGAUAUUCUUAGGUGUUUCAUGCUAUUCAUGGGUAACCCUCCCAUUCUCAACUAGUAAUAUAUUAUUAGCAGCUGUAUGUCCUAUACCAUGUCCACAUUUUCUAGACUUGAUAAUUGGUUUCAUAGGAGCUGUAAACAUUUACAUGUAUGUAUUUGGUGUCAUUAAAUCAUUUCCAAUGUAUAGAUUUGGGCCCUUAAAGUUUAUAAUGUUUGUUGGAGGCGCAUUAGCUACCAUUCCAUUCAAUAUUGUUAUUGAAAAUAUUGCUGUGAUCUGGGGAAUUUUAGGUAAGAAACACAAAUUUUAUGUAGUAGAUAAGGAAAUAAAGACUCCAAUUACUGUAUAAUAUAUUCCUGAAAUGUAUGUACAUGCAUUGAGCGACUACUUACUAGAGUAAACUACUUACAUUGAAAAUUUAACUUGUGCUUGUUAUUACCUAAUCAUCGAUUGAGUAGUUGGUUGAGGAAUAACUAUUGAGCCAAGAAUAACAAAUUUAGUCAUAUAGCGGUAGAACAGUAUUGAUUUCACAAAUAUUCCUUUAAAAUAUUAUUUUAUUAUUGUAAAUGUGAACAAGCUGAGUAUUAUUGUUUAACUAAAUAUCAGUGUUUUGAUGAAUAAAAAUGUUUAAGAUUCAAUUUAGUCAAUACUAACCUUUUUAUGAACAAAACAUAUCCACAAUAAAAGCUGUAUGAAUGACUUAUAAUUGGUCAUUGAAUUGUAGAUUGAAUCUUAAAUUUAGGCAAAACAACAUAAUAUAUGUAUUAUGACAGCUUGUGUUAUUGUAAAUUAUUUAUUGAUGUGAUAAUAAUCGUUCACAAUGAUCAUUUAUGUGUCCUUAUAGCCAUACCUGCUAUGUUGGUUUUUUUUCAAAUAAGAUAUUCUAAAAAAUAAAACGUAUUGCCUAUUACCGUUUAUAAACUAAAACACUGGGCUUUUUGCAUUAAUUUAAAAAUGAUACUUUGUGAUGCUUCUUAAAGUUUAUUUUUGUAUUUUUGUUCAUUGAUAAUCAUUUUGAAUGAUUUUAUCUGAUUUAAGAUGUUUUUGAUUAUUAUUUUUUUACAUAAUAUUACAUUUAGCCAUAAAAAUUCAAUGAGAAAAUUAAGCUAGUGAAUUUCCAUUGAUACCAAAGACUUAAAUUAUAAAUGAUAGAACUUAGGUUUAAAUGUAGAUUAAUGCCAGCCAUUAUGUUAUUUUAGUAUUUUCAUGUUUGUGUCUACGAUUUUGACAAAAUUGAGAGGAAAGCGCUUGGUAUGUGAUGCAUGUUAUGUUUUUUUUUUGUU